CUCACGACGGUCUCUUGUUACCGCUUGAUUUUCACCCAUAAUGUCAUCCUUGACCUCACCCAUAGAUCCAAUAAUAAUAGUAGGUUCCGGUCCUGCAGGUCUACUCUUAGCUCGUUAUCUUCAACUCCACAAUCUCCCUUGUAAACUCUACGAACGAAAUCCCUCCCCUUCUCAUCGACCUCAAGGGGGUACCUUGGACUUACACACGGGAACAGGUCUGAGGGCUUUAAAAGAGACUGGUUUGUUGGAAGAUGCUCAAAAGCUUAUGAGACCGGAAGGAGAAGCUAUGAAGGUUAUGAAUCGAAGUGGGAAUGUUUUGUGGGAUGAGAAUGGAGAUGGAGCUUGGGUCACUCCUGGGAGUAGACCCGAGAUAGAUAGAACCGACCUCCGUAACCUUCUUUUAUCCUCCCUCACUCCAGAUACUGUCUCGUGGGGACAUGAAAUCACCUCUUGCAUUGCCCUGACUCCUACCGAAUAUCAAAUAACCUUUUUCCCUCCUCAUCCUCCUGUCAUAACUUCCAUCUUGAUCGGAGCAGAUGGUGCUUUCUCUCGAAUCCGUCCCCUUCUACAUGACAAACGUCCAACAUAUACCGGUGUAUCAAUGUACGACCUCCUCAUCUCUCCUCCCAACCUCACUCCCACCCUUUCGAAAUUCGUAGGUCAAGGCGCUGCCUUGAUACUGCACGAAGGCAAAUGUGUUUUACCGCAAAUGAACUCUGGUGGAAGGUGUAAGAUUUACGCUGCACUUCGAGUGGGAGAGAAAUGGCUAGAUGAAUAUCCUUUACCGGCAGAAGGGAAGAAAGAAGCUGUGGCGAGGUUAUUCCCUGAAGAUGAAGGAUGGACGGGGAAGGCUAGAGAAUUGAUCGAAGCUGCAGAUGAAGAUAGUGUGGUGAGCAGAAGGAUUUAUGGGUAUCCUCCUGGAUUAAAAUGGAAGACGGAUUUGACGGGUGUCACAGUUAUUGGAGAUGCGGCUCAUGUCAUGUCUCCUUUCGCGGGUGAGGGAGUGAACCAAGCUCUUGCAGACGCUUUACUACUCGGUAAAACCCUCGUCAAUACUUACUAUAAUUCCUUUCCCAAAUCAACUUCUCCAGCCCCGUUCCCACUCUCCCUGUUUCCCGUGUCUCCACCUCCUCGAUCUAUCCCCCGUACGCCAUCCCCCGCCACCCUGCAUGCUGCUUUAAGAACCUUUGAAAGCCGCAUGAUGCGUCGAGUCGAUCCAGAGCUUCGUGGAUCAGCAGAAAACUUGGAGAUGUUCAUGGGUCCUCAUGCGGCAGAGAGAGUACACAACUUCUUCCGAUACAUGCCGCUCGUCUUCUUGAAACAAGUCACGAAGAUGGGUCCGUGGGGCUGGUGGCAGGCGGUGAGGGUAUGGUGGGACGAUGAUUAAGUUCCUGUCGCUUCUUCAUUCUCCUCUCCAACUUGCGCACUUUCAUUCAAUCGCUGCGGGAAGAGGUUGUAUGAGGUAUGAAGGCACUUGGUAUCAUCAGAUUGUUACAAUUAGACAUUUUGGAAAUCAUAUGAUGCAUGCUAUCACCCGUCC